AUGGCAGGUGCUGGUGACGGGAUCCCGACCUUCAAGCUCGUCUUGGUAGGUGAUGGUGGAACAGGAAAAACAACCUUCGUUAAGCGCCAUUUGACUGGAGAAUUCGAGAAGAAAUAUGUCGCAACCCUUGGAGUGGAGGUGCACCCUCUUAUUUUCCAUACUAACCGAGGGCAAAUUCGAUUCAACGUAUGGGACACUGCUGGACAGGAAAAAUUCGGCGGCUUGCGUGAUGGCUAUUACAUUCAAGGUGCAAUUGAUUUUCACACAUGCUAUAUUGACUUCUCAUUGAAACCAAGUUGUUCAGGACAAUGUGCAAUCAUUAUGUUCGACGUAACAGCCCGUGUCACUUACAAGAAUGUUCCUAACUGGCACCGUGAUUUGGUUCGAGUUUGCGAAAACAUUCCUAUUGUGCUGUGCGGAAAUAAGGUUGACGUUAAAGAUCGAAAAGUGAAAGCAAAGACGAUCACUUUCCAUCGCAAGAAGAAUCUUCAAUAUUAUGAUAUAUCUGCUAAAUCCAAUUAUAACUUCGAGAAGCCGUUCCUGUGGUUGGCUCGCAAGCUCCUCGGUGACCCUAAUCUAGAGUUCGUGGCUAUGCCAGCACUUGCUCCACCCGAGGUUACGAUGGAUCCAGCGAUGGUUGCACAGUACGAGGACGAUUUGAGAAAGGCUGCAGAUGCUGACUUGCCCGAUGAUGAUGACGAUCUCUAG